CAUCUUUUUUUUUUUUUUUUGUUAUUUGGCUCCUUAAAGCAGAAACCACACCCACGUGGCUCUUUCUGGUACCCACACAUCCCUCAGUGGUCGAGACUAGGAACUGUUCAGGACAGAGAAGAGGAAGCAGAAAGCUGAUGGCUAUAACAGUGGCCUGGUGAACAGGACCAGGAGGGCGUCGUAAUGAUGCAGUGGUUGUCAUGUAGACUGGGCCCGAGCUUAGUGGAGACCCUUGUUAGUGGAGGGGUCCAAAUCCUGUAAGGCUCCUAGGAGGAGGAUAAACCUGUGUCACUGAAAAGUCCUUGCUGCACCUUUUGCUUAGGCUGCUGAGCUGCAUCCCCUUGCACAAAUCCCAGUUGCCAUGUUACUUGAGCAUUUCACUUCUGCAUUCCUGCAUGUUAGCAUCUAGUUACAGCGUGCCAGGGACAGAGCUCCUCUGCUGCUGCUGCUGGUGGCUUGGCGCUGGUCUUGAUGGCUCAGCAGUAAAGCGCCUGGGCAGCCUCCAGGACAACUCUGCGCUCAGCCUUCCUGGACCUGGGAAGGCUUACUUCAGAGAUGACUCGCUGCACGUAGGGAGUGAGCAGGGGCGCACUGAUAACCCUAAGUACACCUGUCCUGCCCCUGCUCCCUCCUCCCCAUCCUGCUUCUAGGAGGGUAGACACCAGUGGAGGGAGCAUCCUCAAAGUCUCCUCAAACUCGAGCCUCAGCUUUUUAACCACUGACAUGACAUGUUAGCUACAAAAGGGCCUCUGUCUCUUCAUCUGACCCUAUGGCAUGGACACACUACCUCUCUGCCGAUCACCAAAGGAAACUGAAGCAGAAAUUUAAGCUAAGCUUGACCCUCAACAACAACAACAACAACAACUUCUUCUUCUUCUUCUUCUUCUUCUUCUUCUUCUUCUUCUUCUUCUUCUUUUUUUUUUUUUUUGGUUUUUUGAGACAGGGUUUCUCUGUGUAGCCCUGGCUGUCCUGGAACUCACUCUGUAGACCAGUCUGGCCUCGAACUCAGAAAUCUGCCUGCCUCUGCCUCCCGAGUGCCGGGAUUAAAAGCGUGAGCCACCAUACCCGGUUGACCCUCAACUUCUUCUAGCAGCCAGUUCCCCACAUAAACAAUUUGUCUGGCUUCUCCCCAGAGUGCUGGAGGCAUGAAGGUCUUCUAGUCUAAGCUUCUUCCUCCAUAGGAGGUCCGAAGGAGGUAGAUCUUACUCUUGGGAGCGGAUGUGGGAUGCAGUGGGUAGCCCAGGUUGGGUAUGGGAAGGCCCAUGUACCAUAGAGUGUAUUGUUCUGGGCUAUGACUCCCCCCGUCUCUGUCUCAAAGUAGGCCUUCGGCUGAGCAGACACGUGGGCCACGUGACCGAACCAGAGUAGGAAAGAGGAGGCUUGUAGAUUCAGUAGAUACAAAGAAGUCUUCCUACUCAAAGAGGCUGUCAGAAAACCCUCUCCUAGCCAAUAAGAGGGCAGGGUAGGAGGAUGGAAGCGAACAGGCUGGGUCUUGGAAAUUUACCAUCUGAGAGGGCCAGGGGAAAACAGGGGAAGCUAGGGAGUGCUGCCGCCCCAGCCCUGACACGUCCAUUAAAUUUUAAAGUGACUCUGCCCUGGAGCAUGCUGGGAAGGGGUGGGACCUGGCCCUAAGUCUGCUUCUCUCAGCUGUUUUGUUCUGCUGCUGCCACAGCCCCAGGGAAGAGGAGGCCAACAGAGGAUGAGUGAGCUACCAAGCCGAUUCCCUCUCUCUGGGGAAGUGGGGCCAGGUCCAAAGCAGGUCCUGCCCUGGAAUCUCUCACAGACUGCCUCCGUUCAGGAGCCCAGCUGCAGGAUGGUGGGAGACCAGAGGGAGAGGAGCCAUCCAUCUGGUGGUCCCAAUUAAUGGAUUCUGACAUGGAUUAUGAAAGGCCAAACGUAGAGACCAUCAAGUGCGUGGUGGUGGGGGACAACGCCGUGGGCAAGACUAGGCUCAUCUGUGCCCGGGCCUGCAAUGCCACCCUCACCCAGUACCAGUUGCUUGCCACCCAUGUGCCCACAGUGUGGGCCAUUGACCAGUAUCGUGUGUGCCAGGAGGUGCUAGAACGCUCCCGAGAUGUGGUAGAUGACGUCAGCGUCUCCCUGCGCCUCUGGGACACCUUCGGAGACCACCACAAAGACCGGCGUUUUGCUUAUGGAAGAUCCGACGUGGUGGUUUUGUGUUUCUCCAUCGCCAACCCCAAUUCCCUCCACCAUGUCAAGACCAUGUGGUACCCAGAAAUCAAGCAUUUCUGCCCCAGAGCUCCUGUCAUUCUGGUGGGCUGCCAGCUGGACCUGCGCUAUGCUGACCUGGAAGCCGUUAACAGGGCCAGGAGACCUCUGGCUAGGCCCAUCAAGCCCAAUGAAAUCCUCCCCCCAGAGAAGGGUCGGGAAGUCGCCAAAGAGCUGGGGAUCCCUUACUACGAGACCAGUGUGGUGGCCCAGUUUGGUAUCAAGGACGUCUUUGACAAUGCCAUUCGGGCUGCGCUCAUCUCCCGCCGCCACCUGCAGUUCUGGAAAUCACAUCUGCGCAAUGUGCAGCGGCCUCUACUGCAAGCACCCUUCCUCCCCCCCAAGCCACCGCCCCCCAUCAUCGUGGUGCCCGAUCCCCCCUCCAGCAGCGAGGAGUGCCCCGCCCACCUCCUGGAAGACCCGCUCUGUGCGGAUGUCAUCCUGGUGCUGCAGGAGCGCGUGCGCAUCUUUGCCCACAAAAUCUACCUCUCCACCUCCUCCUCCAAAUUCUAUGACUUAUUCCUCAUGGACCUGAGUGAGGGGGAGCUGGGGGGCCCCUCAGGGUCAGGGGGGCCCCGCCCAGAGGACCACCGGAGCCACCCUGAACAACACCACCAUCAUCACCAUCACCACCAUGGGCGGGACUUCCUGCUUCGGGCAGCCAGCUUUGACGUAUGUGAGAGUGUGGAUGAGGCCGGCGGCUCUGGUCCGGCUGGCCUAAGGGCUUCAACCAGUGACGGGAUCUUACGGGGUAAUGGAACAGGGUACCUGCCAGGCAGAGGACGUGUGCUGUCUUCCUGGAGCCGAGCUUUUGUGAGUAUCCAGGAAGAGAUGGCAGAGGAUCCUCUGACCUUCAAAUCCCGGCUGAUGGUGGUGGUGAAGAUGGAUAACUCCAUUCAGCCGGGGCCCUUCCGGGCUGUUCUCAAGUACCUGUACACAGGGGAGCUAGGUGAGAAUGAGCGGGACCUCAUGCACAUUGCUCACAUUGCCGAGCUGCUAGAGGUCUUUGAUCUACGAAUGAUGGUGGCCAACAUUCUCAACAACGAAGCCUUCAUGAAUCAGGAGAUCACCAAGGCCUUCCAUGUACGCCGGACCAACCGGGUUAAGGAGUGUUUGGCAAAGGGCACCUUUUCAGAUGUGACCUUCAUCCUGGAUGAUGGGACCAUCAGCGCCCAUAAGCCCCUGCUGAUUUCCAGCUGUGACUGGAUGGCUGCCAUGUUUGGGGGGCCAUUUGUGGAGAGUUCUACCAGGGAGGUGGUGUUUCCAUACACAAGCAAGAGCUGCAUGAGAGCUGUGUUGGAGUACCUCUAUACAGGCAUGUUCACCUCCAGCCCAGACCUGGAUGAUAUGAAGCUCAUUGUCUUGGCUAACCGCCUCUGCCUGCCGCACUUGGUUGCCCUCACAGAGCAGUACACAGUGACUGGACUGAUGGAGGCGACCCAGAUGAUGGUGGACAUCGAUGGGGAUGUCCUUGUAUUCUUGGAAUUGGCACAGUUCCACUGCGCGUACCAGUUGGCCGACUGGUGUCUUCACCAUAUCUGCACCAACUACAACAACGUGUGCCGCAAGUUCCCCAGAGACAUGAAGGCUAUGUCUCCAGAAAACCAGGAGUACUUUGAGAAACACCGGUGGCCGCCAGUCUGGUACCUGAAAGAAGAGGACCACUAUCAGCGUGCGCGGAAGGAGCGAGAGAAAGAGGACUAUUUACACCUGCGGAGGCAGCCCAAGCGGCGGUGGCUGUUUUGGAACAGUCCCUCAUCACCGUCCUCCUCAGCAGCGGGCUCAGCAUCCCCCUCCUCCUCCUCCUCGGCUGUGGUCUGAGAUGCUGCCACCGUCUUCUGAUCCCGCUGCUGUUGUCCUCAUUAGCCCUUGUCCUUCUGCUCUUCUGUAUCAUCCCCUCUACCCGACAGGUGACGAGGGAAUUCACCUAACCAGAAUCCUAAGGGCAGAGCCGUUCUCACCAGCCAAUGUGGCCCAGGCUAAGAGGAGCCAGCCCUGCAGAUCAGAACAGGGUCCACCUACAAUUCCAGGCAGGGCAGGAAAACAUCUGCCCCAAGGUGGGGAGCAGGAGAGAGCUCAGAGCUCGGAUAUUUUCUCUCUGGACUUGACAAUAGAGCCAGUGGAGGAAAGCUUCCCCUGUACUCGGGCUUGUCUGUAUUGGUGUCUGCUUUGGUCAGAGGCAGCUUCCUCUCCAGGAGCUGGUCUUUUUUUUUUUCCCAUCCACAGACUUUUGAGGGUUGCAAGUAUUUCGUGAGCAUUGUCCCUCGGGCUUAUUGAAAUCCUUGAGAAGUUAAGGUAGAAAAGAAGUCUUCAGAGCCCACAUCAAGUCUCCUAGGCCGUGAGGUGUGGCUGCUGGCGGGGAGAAGAAUAAACUGCAGCCUGCCAGCAUCCUGUAAGGACUGACUGCAGGCAGUGUAGACUUAGUGGUGGGUAGCAGCGGUGACUCCGUGUUCAGGUUUGUAGGCAGCACUUUAGUACAAUGUGGGUUCUCUACUUCACCCUUCCCGCACACAUUACAUCUGACAUGGAUGAAGGAGGAGGAAGAGGAGGAGGAAGGGUGGGUUCUGUGCUCAGCAGUUUUAUGCUCCUCUGGGGUUUCUCCCCCUGCCUCUGGGCAGCACUGCCUUUUAUGAGAUGGGAGCAAAAACAGCCUAACAGGAGAAACCCAAACUCAAAAGCACCACCAAGACCAUGUUAUCCUUCAUCUCCCCAAAAGAAUGAAGUUCUAAAAAGAGAGACCCUGUAGGGUGUACAUCUUCAUAAGGCUGAAUGGAGGCCUCUAUUAUUAUGUGGCUAUGAAGGGUCAGUAGUACCAACCACUCCAAUGCCUUUCAGGGGAGGACCUGUACCCUCCGUUUCUGAGGAUGCCACUCCCCAAGGCCUGCUGGGUCUAGGCUACUGGGUUUCGGGGAAAGUGUGGGCUUCGGGGCUCAAAUGGCUUUGUACCUUUUCCACCUUGAUGCAGGAUACUUUUCUCUUCCAAAGGUGACUCUACGGGAUGUGCGUGGGGCAAUGUGCUUCCUGGGGCGGGGGGAGGCUUUCAGCAGGAAUUAAAUGUCAAAAAAGGGAGCACUGGAGAACAGGCUACACAUAGCCAACCUGGUACUGGCUGGGGAUAAGGGGAAGGAGAAAACAGGGGUAGCUGAGCAGGAAGGAAAUGAUGCGAGUCUAAAGAGGAAUUGGGGAGACUGGAGGAUUGACAACAGUGGCUGGAAGCCCCCGUGGGAUUGACACUGGGUCUCAGUUGACCCUUCCCAUUUCCUAAUUACGAUCCACAUAUCACCACCUUUACCCUCUCUCUAGACUUACGAGGUGAAGUCCCAUGAGGGAGUAGGUCAUGAAAGUUCUGGGGUCCCCUUCCCUGAGAAAAUGCUUUAGGUAAGGAAAUACUGGCUGAGUCCCCAGGACCUAGCUAGGUUGCUUAAGCUGGAAUUAAAGCAACCCCAGAAACAAAUGCAACCUACAAUUGUGUGGUACCGGGACCUCGAGUUCUGAUCUGGUCUUGUCAGAAGGAACAAGUAGUAGCAGGUCUCACAGUGCUGAUUUUCUGUAGUCUGAGCCUGGAACCGCCAAGCCUGCUGCUGCCUAGUAGUUAAAAGCCCUCCAGAGUUGCUGGCUGGGGAAGUGUGUUGUGUGCUGCCCUCUACUAGCUGGUGUGCCCUGCUGCUGAAUUCUAAAUGGCUUCUAGUGUGGAGAAGCCUGCACUCAUGGAAAAGGCAGGCAGCUUCUCACACCUUCCUUGGACGAUACAGGGGUAUCUCUCUCGGGAACUGUAAAUGAUAGGUAGAUGUCUGUCCUAAUGAGCAAGGGGAAUUGGGUCUCCCAAGUGAUUUACAGGGCUGAGCCGCCUGGCAUCACUGGUAAUGAGGAUGGACAGGCUAGUAGGAGAAAGAUCUGUGGAGGUGGAGGAAGACCAAGGAGAACACCAUGCCCCACCCAGGCCAGUUCACCCCUCAGGGACCCACCCCUACCCCCACAGCUGUCAGAGCUGGUGUGCAGCAGGUGGACCCCUGUGGCCUUGUAUACCCACAGUGGGGGGUGGGGCUGUGAGUGAGCCAGGAGAGGGAGGUGCUGCUUGCAGUCCCUUAGUACAUGGGUGCUCUGGAUUCCAGGGAGACAAAAGCAGGAGAAACUCCAGUGUGGGACAAGUCUGGCAUAACACCCCCAGGGGUGGGGCAGUGUCCCAAGAACAUGCUCCUCUGGACUAUGUCACAUGUCACUCAGUGUUGUCUUAGAGGAUGGGGGUAAAAACACAAACCCACAACCCCUCUCCACACACCUUUUUAUAUAAGGUUUCAUAUUUAAUUUGGUCAUGAAUUCAUAAUACAUGAGUAUUUUGUAUCUAA